AUGCUUCUCCUCGCGUUUUUCCCAAUUUUGUGUCUUGUUGCCUCAAUCUCGUCGAGAAACGUUUAUCCAACUGAAGAUGAUUGUCGAACAAUCGCAGCGAGCUCCACCGCCAAACUGACUACGAGAAAAAUCGAUCAACAGCGACAAGCGCAGGCUUUGAUGUCGCUUGACGAUGACACCUCGACGCCGUGGUACGAUGGCGUCGAUUAUGCGAAACGAAGGGAGAUGGUCCGCAGCGCUGCUAAUCAACUUCUUCCUUCACAUUUGUGCAAUGAGACUGAAUUCACACCAGUUUUGGAAAAACUCAAUGUUCUGAUACCAUGCGAAAAUUCAAAACCUAGCAGACGGAUUUCUAAGUACUAUAAAGAUCAAAAUGAGCUUCUUCAUUAUUUCGAGAAGGACAGCAAAUUGAUCGAAGCCGCAAACCACGCAAAAUCGCGAAAACGACGGAAGAGCGAAAGCUGGAGUAGAGAAGCGUAUCAUGACGAAAAGAAAACAAAGAUAUCGUCGUCUGCGAGAGAAGCUUUAAACGACAUUGAGAAGAGCCAAAAUGCUGAUGAUUCGUCUUUAGACUCUAGACAAUCCCUUCUUGAAAAACAUGAAAAUGACAAGAAAACCGAAGAAAAAGCUAAUAAAGCUGCUGGUCGAUUAGCCAAUAUAACACUGUUUGUCAACUUUUCACUAAUGAUUGCCAAGAUCACCGCUUCGUGGCUUUCUGGUUCAAUGUCAAUCAUAUCUUCGAUGGUUGACUCAAUCGUCGACAUCACUUCAGGGCUCGUUCUUUCGAUUUCCACAAGGAUGAUUCGUAAAAGAGACCCUUAUUUAUAUCCACGAGGUCGGACCCGCCUGGAACCGCUCGCACUGAUACUUAUAAGUGUGAUCAUGGGAAUGGCGAGCGUUCAGUUGAUCAUUCAAUCGAUAAAACGCAUACAAACUGCUUACGAUUAUUACACCCAUGGAAUCGGAGAAGAGCCGACGAUCGAUGUUUCAUAUACAACAAUUGGCAUCAUGUUGACCACGAUUUUCAUUAAAAUUUUGCUGUUUAUUGUAUGCCAAAAAUACAAAGAAAAUUCUUCCAUCAAUGUCCUCGCAAUGGAUCAUCGGAACGAUUGUAUUUCAAAUUCAGUAGCUCUCCUUUGCGCUUGGAUUGCAAACCGGUAUUGGUUCUACAUGGAUUCUAUUGGAGCAAUUAUUGUGUCGAUAUACAUUUUAUACACAUGGAUAAAAACUGGCAUGCGACAUAUUGUGAUGUUAAGUGGAAAAUCGGCGGAUCCCGAUUUUAUUAAUAGAAUUAUUAAGGUAUGUAUGGAUCAUGAUGAACGGAUCACGCAUAUAGACACAGUUUAUGUAUAUCAUUACGGUACCAAAUUUUUAGUCGAGGUUCACAUAGUGUUGGACGAAAAAAUGCCGCUGAAACAAUCUCACGAUAUUGCCGAAUCACUUCAAACUAAUAUUGAGUCUUUCCCAGAGGUUGAACGCGCAUUCGUGCACACGGAUUAUGAUUACGAUCAUCAUCCUCAAGAUGAGCACAAGGCCGCCUAA